GCUAGCUUGAGUAUCAAAAGACUCCUCGUUUGUUCGGACUGCUCAAGAGGCUCAGAAGCCCAAUCUAAAAAUGGAAGAAGAUGAUAUCAACACGCCUGGUAGUGGAAGACAAGAGGCAAAUGUGGAUCUCCCCUGCAGCUCUAGUCAUAGCUCUACCGUUCCAUCGUUGGAAUUUCAAGUAGCCGGAGAUACCUCGACUACCUUAAAUACUGGCACGUCCCAUGGAGAAUCCGUGCAGAUAGAUAUAUCGGAGCCAUGCCCAAUUGAGUGUCGUCCCCUCCUUUAUGCUGCCAUAAAAGGUGAUUGGCCGGCUGCUAAGGCUUUUCUUGAGAACUACCCACACCAUGUUCGAACUCCAAUAACGGAAGGGCAAGCGACAGCAUUUCACAUUGCGGCGGCUGCACAACACACCACUUUUAUAACACAAAUGUUGAAAUUGAUCGUGAGUACUCCGAAGGUCUUGGAAUCGGAAACAACAUAUGGAUUUACGGCCCUUCACUCUGCUGCUCAAUCAGGAAACGUUAGAAUUGCUGAGCAGCUGGUGAAAAUGAACAGAGGACUGCUAUCGAUCCCGGAUCGCAAUGAAGACACACCACUCAUUGUUGCAGCUUAUCUAGGACAUAAGAACAUGGUCUCGUAUCUAUUCACUCAGACUCGUCUUGAACAUUUGACUAAUGCAAAACGCAUUGAGCUCCUUGAGUUUACUAUUGACAAUGAUAUGUUUGAUGUAGCGUUGGAAAUUUUGAAUAAGGAUCAAAACAUAGCAACUGCUGGCACUGAAUUAUGGUUUGAAUCAUUGAAAAAGUUGGCAAGGAAACCUUUUGCAAUUGGCAGCGAAAGCCAGCUAUCAUUCUGGAAAAGCCUCUUAAAGUACUCUUGUUAG